AAGACAGCGUCCUCUCCGGCCGCGCGUUGGGAGCCCCGGGGGAGGAGCAGCCGAGCCGGGCGGAGCUGCCCCGCUGCGGCGCACGAGGAUCCGGAACCAGCUCAGCUUCCUUCUUCCCAGCACUGGGGAGCCCAAGCCCGCCGUGCCUGCCGCUUCCCCCUCCUCCUCCUCCUGGCCUGCCGCUGCUCCGGGAGAACGAAGAAGCCACGCCACCCCCGGAGAGGCGCCUUCUCUUGCAGCCGUGGGAAGCGGCCUGACUGCGGUCGCCUGCUUGGCUUCUGCGCCGCUUCGGCUGCCCGAUUGCUGGCUCGUCCGAUUGCCCUUUCUGCCCCCUUCUCCUGCCCGGCUCUUCUCCUUCUCCUUCUGCUGCCGCUAAGGGGGUUCGCUCCUGCUCCCAGCCAGCCCCUCCGCAACCGCCCCUGCUCAGCUGUCCUUGGAGGCGAGGUGUGUGCGCGUCCCAAGUUCCAGACCGCUCGCCUGGAAGGCGGAUUUGGGGCACCGGGUGGAUGAUCGGCUGCGGUUCGCCGGCUGAGCGGCAGCGCCCCCGAGUCUGAACGCUCGUCCCCCUCGCCCUGCAGAGACGCUCCCCAGGAAAGAGCGCCCCGUCCUAAGCUGGCCCUUGCUUAUUAUGAGCGCUUCCCCCCGUCGGGUGGAUUUCUCCGGGCUCCGUUCCGCCGGUGGCCUCCGCUGAUUCCGCAGCCCGUCCCCCAACCGCCUCCGAUGAAACCUUGAUACAACCAGGCAGGGUCGUCGGAAUCCAACCACCCCUUAGGUCCGGCUUUUCCCGGGCACCAGAGGAUCGCCAUGCCGGCGGCGCGAUGCCUGGAGAGGCCCCGCUGCUCCUUCCGCGCUUUGCCUUUCCUCUUUGGCGCGGCUGCCCUGCUGGGGCUGCUGCCGGUGCUUCAGAGCUCCGGCUCGGAUGCUCCCAUGGAGAUCACGCGGCAGCCCAGCUUGGUGACCGAGGGCAUCACCGCCUCUCCGCCGGUUCCCGCCGAGAGUGGCCCCGACGGCGGGCACACCAAGAACACCAGCAGGACUCGGAAACUUUUCCCCGUCCUGGCGCUUCACUACGAGCAGGUGCACCUGCCCUUUGAGAUUACGCUCUGGAUCCUGCUGGCCUGCUUGAUGAAAUUAGGAUUCCACGUGAUUCCAACCCUUUCCAGCAUAGUUCCCGAGAGCUGCUUGCUCAUUGUCGUAGGACUGCUGGUCGGCGGACUCAUUAAAGCCGUGGGGGAAACCCCUCCAGUCCUAAAUUCCAAGGUCUUCUUCCUCUUCCUUCUCCCACCCAUCAUCCUGGACGCUGGUUACUUCUUGCCCUUGCGCCAGUUCACUGAGAACAUGGGCACCAUCUUGAUUUUUGCGGUGAUUGGGACAUUAUGGAACGCUUUCUUCGUAGGGGCUCUGAUGUACGCCGUGUGCCAGGUAGCUGAUCCUCUUUUGUCAAACAUUGGCCUCUUGCACAACCUGCUCUUUGGCAGCAUCAUCUCCGCGGUGGACCCUGUGGCUGUGCUGGCUGUAUUUGAAGAGAUUCACAUCAACGAACUUUUGCACAUCUUGGUGUUUGGUGAGUCGUUGCUGAAUGACGCCGUUACUGUGGUACUCUACCACCUUUUUGAAGAGUUUGUCGGCUUUUCAAAAGUCACCAUCACAGACAUCGUCCUGGGCUUCCUGAGCUUCUUUGUGGUGGCCCUGGGGGGCGUCUUUGUCGGGAUGGUCUAUGGCAUCAUUGGAGCCUUCACCUCCCGCUUUACCUCCCACAUCCGGGUCAUCGAACCUCUUUUCGUCUUUCUGUACAGUUACAUGGCAUAUCUGUCUGCAGAAGUCUUCCACCUGUCAGGCAUCAUGGCGCUGAUUGCCGCAGGGGUGGUGAUGCGCCCUUAUGUGGAGGCCAAUAUCUCCCACAAGUCCCAUACAACCAUCAAAUAUUUCCUGAAGAUGUGGAGCAGCGUCAGCGAGACCCUUAUCUUCAUCUUUCUUGGUGUCUCCACCGUGGCCGGGCAGCACCAGUGGAACUGGGCCUUCAUCAUUUGCACCCUGAUUUUCUGCUUGAUUGCCAGGGUUUUAGGUGUGCUGGUGUUGACGUGGUUCAUCAACAAAUUUCGCAUCGUGAAGUUGAGCCCGAAGGAUCAGUUCAUCAUUGCCUACGGUGGCCUGCGAGGGGCCAUCGCCUUCUCUCUCGGCUACCUGCUGGAUCAUGAGCAUUUCCCCAUGCGGAAUAUGUUCCUCACAGCGAUCAUCACAGUCAUCUUCUUCACAGUCUUUGUGCAGGGCAUGACCAUCCGCCCUCUGGUGGAUCUUCUGGCGGUGAAAAAAAAGCAGGAGACCAAGAGGUCCAUUAAUGAGGAAAUUCACACUCAGUUUCUGGAUCAUCUCUUGACGGGGAUUGAGGAUAUAUGCGGCCACUAUGGACAUCACCAUUGGAAGGACAAGCUAAACCGCUUCAACAAGAAAUAUGUGAAGAAGUGCCUGAUUGCUGGGGAAAGAUCCAAGGAGCCUCAGUUGAUCGCCUUCUAUCAUAAGAUGGAGAUGAAGCAAGCAAUUGAAAUCUGGAGCUCCUGCUUAGAGAGCCUUUCCCAUUUGCCCUUCCCCAAGGCAGCAACCAACUCCUUUUCACUUUGCAGGAAUAUCAAUCCAAAAACUUUGCCGAUCGAACGCAUUUUGCCAGCUCUGUCCAAGGACAAAGAGGAGGAGAUUCGAAAGAUCCUGCGCACCAACUUGCAAAAAACCAGGCAGAGGUUGCGGUCAUAUAAUAGACACACCUUGGUAGCAGAUCCUUAUGAAGAAGCCUGGAACCAGAUGUUGCUGAGAAGACAGAAGGCUCGGCAGCUGGAACAUAAGAUGAACAACUAUCUGACAGUGCCAACACAUAAAAUAGAUUCCCCAACCAUGUCAAGGGCACGCAUUGGUUCAGACCCUCUCGCUUAUGACCCGAAGCCGGAUUCUGACAACGUCCCCACCAUAACCAUUGACCCAGCGUCCCCCCAGUCGCCGGAGUCGGUUGAGUUGGUGAACGAGACCCUGAAAGGCACGAACUACCUUCCCCCCUCCCCAGAGGAAGAUGAAGAUGAGGAGGGGCUGAUAAUGAAGGUCAAGGAGUCAUCUUCUCCAGGCACAGACGACGUCUUUACUCCUGGGACAGGCGACAGUCCCAGCAACCAACGGAUUAUGAGAUGCCUGAGUGAUCCAGGGCCUCGGCCAGAUCCUGAAGAGGGGGAGCCCUUUAUCCCCAAAGGGCAGUAAGCUCCGCUAUGCACUACUAGACCUAACCUGUAGGAGAGGCUCUUGCACUCCUGUGCAAAUUACACACACACACACACACACACACACACACACACACACACACACACAGUUAUGGCAAUCUCUAUUUCUUUGUGUCUUUCUCUUCUCUGUCUCCUUCUCUUCAAUGCUGGAGCUUUGCUAGAAGGCAGCAGAGAGCCUCUAAAUGGAGCAUAUUUUGUGGCUGGAGGCAAUAGAUCUAGAAGUAGCCCCAAUUCCAUAUCCAAGGUCGGGAAUGCCAACCAUUCUAUCCAGAGAUGAUCUCCUCCUGGAUAGUAGCAUGCUCUGACUCACUGUUGCCUUCUCCCCUGGCAACUGCACCUUCUCGUUUCCUUCAGAGAAACAUCUUUGCUAUAAUUCCCUCCGCCCAGUUUCGAAAUACCGCAGAAGAGCUGAGGACCGUUGGGUGCUCAGGUAUAUUCAAGUGAUGCUGCAGGAUAUCCUGCAUGGGUAUUGGAUGGUCAUAGACACAUGCUGAGCCACUGGUUGACCAGUGGCUUCCAUACAUGUAGUUUCCAUCCUCAGCUCUAAUGCCAUGUUUCCUCCAUCUUUUCUUCUAAGCAGUAGAGUUUAUUCUUUAAUUUUUGUGGGCUUCUUUUUAAACCCCAUAAGCCAUCAAUAAUUGUUCUAAAUCAGGGGUCCCCAAACUUGGCAACUUUAAGACUUGUGGACUCCAACUCCCAGAAGUCUCCAGCCAGCUAUGCUGGGAGUUGAAGUCCACAAAGCUUAAGGUUGCCAAGUUUGGAGACCCCUGUUCCAAAUUGUUGGGGUUCCAAAUCUAGCAUCAUGAGUUUUGCCUUAUUUUAUGCUUUUAAUGGGUUUCCCCCCAUUUUAUUUGAAUACAAAUGAGCAAAUUAACCGUAACCAAAGAUUGCUCUUGUACCAAUUUUGAAUUAUGGCUAAGGUGGUCUGGGCACAUGAUGUCCAGCGCUCCAUUUAGCUGAUUGGGUAACUGGCCAUCCAAACGAGGAGCUGAUGAAGGUUCUGCAAGUGGAUUGGGCCACUCUUCUCACAGGGAAUGAUAGCACUGCAGUUGAGCACAUCUGGAGGGCGCCAGGGUGAAGGUCCCUCCGAUGUGUGUGUGUCCUUCUCUUGGCUGACUCACUCCUGAUUGUCCUUGCCUGAAACUGGGAGAUUUCCGUUAAAACCUGUGUUAACACAGCCAACGUGCAACUCCAAAGGCAGGUUUUGACCAAAGAUGAAUACGUGGUUGUACAUAAAGGGUUGCUUUAAUUUAUUUAUUUUUAGUUUUUAACAACAGAGUAAUCUUUCUUGAAGAGAAAGUUGCUAAAUUCCGUGGAAGACACUAGGAUGUCACUGAGGAGCUAUUCUACUACAUUUGGGGACAGUGAUAGUAUGCUUAUGACACAGGUUCUGUGUGUGUGUGUGUGUGUCUGUCUGUCUGUCUGUCUGUCUCUCUUUCUCUCUCUCUGUCUCUCUCUGUGA